CAUCAGAGUUUUGUAGUACUGACAAAUAUGUCGGCCUCUGGGAUUCUCUUGGCCACCAAUAUCCUGGAUAUAUGAAAAGAUUAUAUCAUUGUUUUGGAAUUACAUUCAUUUCUUCUUUUUAACUUCCGUACUGGCAGAGCGGCCUGCAGAAAUAUAUUAGCUAUUUUAAAGAAGUAAAAAAAAAAAAGCAAGCAGCUUCCACCCUAGCUAACAGUUAGUUAAGCUAAGUGCUUGUAGUAAAAUAACGUCAGACGUAUCGGCGACUGGCUAGCUAGCCAACCGUUUAACGUUAUCUGGAAAUUAGCCUGGCGUUGGGAUAGCUAGCCACGAAAGCAAGAGCUUGCUGGCACCGCUGAAUAACUCGAAUGGAGAGUAAUGGGUGUAACGAGUUGUCUCUGUUGAUUACAAUGCCAAGAAGAAAUGACACGACCAAGACUGGCACUUCCCAUUCACCGUUCUUGGACCCAGAACCACUGUGAAAGCCCUCACAGGAGUGUAUGUUCAGUGUUGGGCAUCAUGCCAUUUCGAAGCACCACGUCCAUUUGACAGCUUUACAAACCUUGAUGUCGGCCUUGGCGUGUCAUAAUGUGACCCACUGUGGCAGCCUGCCAAGUUUUAAAUAUUGGGUGCAGCACCCCCUGACCAACCAUCAGACUGGAUUCUCUUGUCUUCUGACCCAGGACAACCUGUUGAAGUUCAACACCGGCACCCCUGCGUUCUAUCCAUACACACAGUGACCCAUGUCACAAACGAAAAGGCCACAGAUAAGCACUGGAUGGGGAAAAUCGCUCGCAUCCUGUUUCCGAGGUCGGAGGACACUUCAAACCUGAAAAAUCUCUAGAUACAAAUGGCCCGAGGAGACUCCAUCUUCAACACUUAAAAGCCACAGUUUUUCAAAUUUUUGUCGAGGUCAUUUUUAGGCCAUUGCUCCAGAGAGGCCCCUAUCCUCCAAGGGAUUGGUUGUGGGAGGGUGUUAUCCAAGCCUCAGUGCUCUCUACUAGGGAAGGAAGCAAGGGGGAAGGCCCUGGAAGUCCCAAGAGAAGAGGGCUGUAAAGAAAACGGUCUGCAGCUGGGAGGCUAUGUUGCCAUUGCUGGCUAAUAUAAGAUAAUACCAUUAUCUACACACACAUAACCCCCAGCACUCAGAUCAGCACUGUACUCUGUCAUUUACAUGGAUACUAAUGGAUGUUCUACUGCAUUUUCCCUCAGAUAUUUUGGAAAGAACCACAGCAUUGCUUCUUGCUUUUUGUCUUCCAAUCAUACCCCUGGUGCAGUUGGCAGGUGAGGUGGUUUGAAUCAGCCACCGGCUGGGUUUAGGGAUGCCCCGACACAGGAAAACCAGGCUACUCCACUGGCCCGCUUUCAGACUGCUGUUUCUAAUACGAGUCCUGGACUGAAAGCAAAGUGUCUUUCUCCUCUAACAGAGAGCAAGGGGUUGUCAUUUUUUAUUUACAAGACUUUUUCUGCGCCCAGACUGCUGAUCUCACGGUGCUAAGAAACUUUUUGCUAGCACAGACUUGGGAACAAACAAGCCCAUUUUCCACUUUAGGUCUUGAGCUGCACUUUUUCUAAGAUGAAGAAAGUCACGGAGGAAGGAAAAUAGAAAGCCAAGUCAGAUUAUCAUCCCAGACAUUUUCUUUCUUUUCAGCCUUCAUUUAUUGUUGUUGUUGUUCCAUAUUGAAAGUCUCCUACCCAAACAGGUCUACCUCUGCCAACUCUUGUACCUCACUAAACUCGUAUUUAUAGACCAAUCAAAUCAAACCGGACUAGUUCACAGCAAAGGUUUAUCAGUUUAGCCGAGCUUUUCUGUCUGUCAGGAUUUGGACUUUUACAGCACCAAAUCACUGAUCAACUCAAUAAUUGUGUUUUGACAGAAGGGUUUUUUUCAUCUAAAUAACAGCCAUGUUUUUUUAAUUGCCCUGUUAUCAUGAUUUUCACCAAGCCUUUAUUUACAUUGCUACACAAGCAGAUUCCCCCUUUUUAGAAGUGUAAAAAUGAUCAGUUUCUGUUAGCUUGUGUUUGUAAUUGAUUGGCAUUUUGGGUAGAACCUAGUCAAACUAGUGCUAUGUAUUUAUCUGCAACUCUGUAAGAGACUGUUCGGACAGCUCUUCCUCUUUACAAUCUGUGGCUUAUUUGUUCAUCUCGGCUUCCCACCUGGUUUUCUGGCUAACAGGAAAACAAGGCUUUUACAGCAGAGCGACUUGUAGGCUUCUUUUAAUCUCACACACAAGAAAACAAGCAUUUGUUCCUCCUCCCAUCUCAGUGUGGUGAUGCAGAGGAGCGUUUUCCUCUUUGUUUGUGUAAAAGAGGAAGCCUUCUACUAUCGCUCCAUCCCUUUUGCAUGUCUCCUUUUUUAUUUUUUUUUGCCAUUUUCUAUCCCCAAAUCCACCCAAUACACCUCAAGAAACAUUUAACUCUGAAUCACAAAUUCCCUGGCGAAGCAGUUGCUAAACAGGCACACCCCACCAUACAGAAAGUGAUGCCAGGUGGCAGCAGUAAGAGUGGAGGGCGGGGUCCAUCCUCAUCACCCCUCCCCCACGCCGUGGUCCCUCCUAGCAGGCCCCUGCGACCGUCCCGCUACGUCCCGGUGUCGGCAGCCACUUUCUUCCUCGUUGGGUCCACCACGCUCUUCUUCUGCUUCACGUGCCCGUGGCUUUCAGAGCGUUUUUCAAUAGCUGUGCCCAUCUACAAUGGAGUCAUCUUCCUGUUUGUUUUGGCUAACUUCUGUAUGGCCACAUUCAUGGACCCCGGCAUCUUCCCGAGAGCCGACGAGGACGAGGACAAGGAGGACGAUUUCCGUGCCCCCCUCUACAAGACUGUAGAGAUUAGAGGGAUCCAGGUCAGGAUGAAGUGGUGUUCCACCUGCCGCUUCUACAGGCCGCCACGGUGCUCCCACUGCUCCGUCUGUGACAACUGUGUUGAGGAUUUCGACCACCACUGUCCAUGGGUGAACAACUGCAUCGGCAGGAGGAACUACCGCUACUUCUUCCUGUUCCUCCUGUCUCUGACGGCUCACAUCAUGGCCGUGUUUGGCUUUGGCCUGCUCUUCAUCCUCUACCAUCGCCAGAACAUUGACCGCCUGCACGCCAUCGUCACGCUGGCUGUAAUGUGUGUUGCAGGCUUGUUCUUUAUCCCAGUUGCUGGCCUCACUGGUUUCCACAUAGUGCUUGUGGCCAGAGGCAGGACUACCAAUGAACAGGUAACAGGGAAGUUCAGAGGAGGCGUUAACCCGUUCACCAAUGGCUGCUGGAAGAAUGUCUCUCACGUCCUCUGCAGCUCGCAGGCACCCAGGUAUCUGGGCAGAAAGAAGUGUGUGCAGAGUGUGUGUGUGCAGCCGCCUUUUCUACGGCCACAGCUGACAGAAGCCCAGCUGGCUGCAAAGAUCCUGGACAACGGCAUACAGGGAGAGCUGCACCGGUCAAAGUCCAGUCUGGAGAUGAUGGAGAGCCAGUCAUGUGACGCUGAGCCUCCUCCUCCACCUAAACCAGAGCUCCGCUACCCUGGAAUCACCAGGGGAAACACGGAGGAGUGCAGUCUACUCAACAAAGCCCCACCCACCCCCACCAUGUACAAAUACAGACCCACCUACAGCCCCGGCAAGAACCACACAGCGCUCACACAUGCUUACGCCAACCAGUGGCUUUCUGUUGAUCAGUAUCAUUGAGUCGAGGGGAGAGCGUCGGCAGUGCCAGGGACUCCUCCUCUUCUACCUCUUCCCUCCUCCAGGCCAGCCAGCAGCCUGGUUUCCGCUCCCAGCCCAGCCUGGACCGGAGGGACACUUCAUCUGACAGAGUGGG